AUGAUAGCCUCCCGCGAUUACUCACAACCAGAUCUUGGCAGAGUCCAAUGUCAUGACUCAAGCAAGCAGAACACUUUUCGAGCUUAUAAGGCUGUUGCAAGUGGCAUUAGUGAUUCUACCAUUUCCAGAACAAAUGUUUUUCCUACCCUUGAUUCAGAAGCCAUCCAACGUAUGAUCCAAGAAUCUGUAGCCACUGCUUUCCCAAGUGCUAUUUCUAACGCUCUUGCUGUUGUAACUUAUCUAGAGGGGGAGUACCUCAAAACUGAGCUGUGCAAAUUUUUCAUUGAUGGAGUGUGUAGGAUUUCACUCACAAAGGCAGCAAGAAAAGCUAAAGGCUAUAAACCAAGUUAG